AUGCAAUUCAAACCUUUAAUCGCCUUGGCUAUUGCAACUUCAAUGGCCCAAGCCGCCGCUCCACCAUACCAUUUGUUCAAGAGAUAUGAAAACGUCACUGCUCCAGUUUCUUCAUCUGAGGAGUUAGCUUCAUCUUCAGCUGAAGGAGACCACGGGUAUUCUGCCAGUAUCCUUCCAACUGACCAAUCAGUUGCCGAGUCACCAUCAUCAACUGAUGAAGAUGAAUGGAUUACCUCAACCAUCAUUGAGUACGUUACUAUUUCUGAUGCUUCAACUACUCAAACAUCAGCUGCAAACACCUUGACCACCACUUAUCCAAAGUCAUCUGCCUCAGAAGCAAGUUCAUCUUCUGAAGAUGAAGAUGAGUGGAUCACCUCAACUAUUAUCGAAUACGUUACUGUUUCUGAUGCUUCAACUACUCAAACAUCAGCUACAAACACCUUGACCACCGCUUAUCCAAAGUCAUCUACCAAAGAAGAAGAUGACGAUGAGAACAUCACUUCAACAAUUAUUCAAUACGUUACUUUGACAUCUGAUAGUUCAACCAUCACUUCAGCUGUAAACACUGCAGUUACAACUGUUGCCAAUUCCAACAAGGACAAAGAUGCCAACGCAGAAGGCUCAAGUGAUACAACCACUUCAACCAUUACUUCCCUCGUCACCGUGACUGAUGGAAAUGGUUCUACUCAGCUUUCUACUCAACUUAGUGAAACAACUGAGGCAGUCGCAGCUGAAACUGGUGAAUCAAAACAAACUGUUGCAGCUGAAUCAGCUCUUGCUAGUGGUGACAACAAAGAAGCUUGUGUUGCUUCAACUGUUACUGUCACUGUUACCGCUACUCCAGCCACUACUGAAGCAGCCACCACUGAAGGAGAAGAAGACGACACCACCAUCACCGUUUCAACUCAAGUUUAUGUCACUUCUUACCCAAUUCAAGCUGAAUUCACAAAUAGUGACACCACCACCACCAUCACUUCAUUUGUUGAAGUUACUCAAACUCAAUUACACACUUUCACUUCUUCUUCGAGUCUCUACAACAAUGCCACCACCUCAUCUACUGGCUCUAUUGCUCCAUCAUAUGGAUCAUCUGCUUAUGCCAACUCCACUGUCCCAUUGACUAGUGCUUGGUAA